AUGUCGCGCGAAGCCUACGAACCACCAACCGUCACUGUCGGCGCCGGCUCCCUCUCCCAGGGCCAGCCAACCGGCAGCUUUGCCAUCACCGGCGCGRGCAGCUUCGAGGACUCUUCCAAGCCCGUGAACUACCUUUGCGGCGACUGCGAUACCAAGGUCUCGCUCAAGAAGGGCGAUCCCAUCCGCUGCAAGGAGUGUGGAUACCGCGUGCUGUACAAGGAGCGAACCAACAGGAUGAUUCAAUUCGAGGCGCGAUGA